AUGAUAAUAGGCGAAUUUGGAUUGUAUCAGAAAAGGAUUUUUGCCAUAUUAUGUUACCAACCCUUUACCUCGGGACUAUUAGUGUUAAUUUCCACCUUUACUCUUAGUACCCCUGAUCACAGAUGUGCAAUACCAAGUUUAGAAAACGACACUUUUCACCCACAGAAUGAUCAUCAUAGAGAUCUUAUCAACCAAUCAAUUCCUCAGAAUUCAAAAUGUUUAUUACGUAAUCAAUCUGCAGACGAACUUGGAAAUAUGACGUCAUCGGAAUAUAAGUGUUCUUCUUGGGUUUAUGAUACUUCAACUUUUACAAACACUCUCGUAACAGAGUUUAACCUGGUUUGUGACGAUGCAUCACUGAAGAGUACGGCUGUUAUGACAUUGUUUCUAGGGUUACUGAUUGGAUAUGGUACAGGAAAUAUUGCUGAUUAUGUUGGGCGGAAACCAAUGAUGGUACUAGGCAACGUUUUAGUUUGUAUCUCGUCCUACCUACUGGUAUGGUCACCGACUUACACGUUCGUCUCGGUUGUGAGAUUUUUCCUGGGAUUUGGUGUGGCUCUUCAGACUCUACCUAUUUAUAAUAUUGGUGAGGAAAGUCAAUGA